AUGGAGAGUAUCACUCUGCCGGCACAAACAUCUGUGGCGGGAUUAUUGCCUGUAGCUCAGACCGGUCGCCCAAGUCUAUCAUGGAGGCUUCCAGUCUCACCCGCAGAGGCAAAACCUGCACAAUUCUCAUUGGAAAACCAAGCGUUACCGUGGACAUCUGUUGACAUAAAGAUGGGCUCACCGGUAGGCUGCCGAGGUUGUGGAAGCGAAUUUGUUUCUCAGGGUGCCAUAAAUGAAUGGAAAGACUUGCCAAGUGAGAAUUGGGCUGAAAUGAUGGAGUUCUGGCACUGCCAUAAACCUCAUGACCACGAACAUCAAGAUUCCGAGUCUCUGGCCACCAAAGGUUACGGUGCCAACUCUGCUAUAUCAGCCCAGCAGGGUGUCGGCUUUGUCGACUUGACGUCGUUCCUCUUCACGGAAUCUGACUGCCGAGGCUUAAAAUAUUCUUCUUCGACAAUGGAUGCUGGGUUCGACAUGUCGUCUUUGGCGCUUGAGGACGAUGAGAGUAACAAGUUCUUACACGUAUUUUGUCGACAAUGUGCAACAGAAGUAGGUCUGUACAACGUUGCGGCAUCAUCUGUUACUCUGUUUAAAUGGCAAAUUACUUGUCAAACCAAAACUCCAGAUCCCAACCCAAGCAGUCCAGAGUGUCUUGCAGCGACUCUCAUGGCUACAAUUUCGAGGUCGGGGUCAUCCAAGUCGAUCAUCACGCCGCAUGUGCUUGGAUCUGUAGAGCUGAGUUCGGCUGUUGCACGCCAGAACCUCCAUCUUUGGGUGUUGAAUCCCAAUGUGGUUUACACAGCAUCUUCUACCACGGGUUGUACGACGGCUAUGAAGAUACUCUACAGGCAUAUCGACUCGGAAGAGGGCGAUAAGCUGAUUACAUCCAUGACCUCGGAUGUCCAGGAGAUUACUCUGCCAGAGACAGCCAUCAAAGCUGCAGAAGAGUGCUUGUUGGCGAGUAGUCAACUGCUGCCAGCUCAAGAACGGACUUUUAAGGAGUGGAAUGUGGGGUUGCUCGGAAGAUGGGAACCCUCUUCCUGA